AUGGAUCCUUUUACCGCUAAGCAUCUGAAGAUUAUGAAACGUAACAACAUCAAAGAUUUUGUAAUUCAUGGCGCCGUUCUGGGCGUGACAAACAUGAUGGUUCUGACUACUAGCGAAACAUCUGUGCAACUUAGAAUGAUGCGGUUCAGUCAGGGACCAACACUUACUUUUCGAGUGCCUGAAUAUUCCUUGUCGCGGCACAUACUUUCCACCCAGAAAAGGCCGCUGAUUCAUCAAAAACUAUUCGAUAAGCCUCCCCUAGUCGUGAUGAAUGGCUUCAACCAGAGUGGUAAGAAGCAUCUGCUUUUGGUGGAGACGUUCAUACAGAACAUGUUCCCGUCUAUAAAUAUUGAUACGGUGAGUAUAUACUUGUUCUUAACUAGUGCCAUAUAAAG